GUAGUGCAGCUCGGAUACACUUUGAUGUAACGCUAGUUCACCCACAUGUAAAUAACUGCGGGUUGGAAAAACGAGAGCUGAUUUUUAACAUUUUGUCUGCCACGUGGAUAUUUAGGUGGCUACUUGUAUCAAUGUUAACGUACUGUGAUACUAUAAUCACGCUGGUCAUUUAGAAAUCAGGUUCCUGGCUGUAAGUAACGUUAGCUAGCUAGCUAGUGCUGUCAGAAUGGCUUCGCUACAACAAGGAGAUGACAGUGACGAUGGUAUGGAUGAGUUCAUGGACAAAUUCAAGAAAGAAAAAUAUAAAAAUGGGUUUAACGAAAGUACUUGGGAAGAGGAAUUUGAUAGAGUGCCGAUGUUCAUGAAAAGUGUACCUGACGUGAUAGACUCCAGUACACACCCGGAACUCGCUUGUAUACAGUCCAUAAUCCACGACGACGACAGAUCUCCCGAAGAACAUGCAGAGGCUCUGAAAGACGAGGGGAACGCGUAUUUCAAAGAGAAGAACUACAAAAGGGCUAUCUUGGCCUACACAGAGGGCUUGAAAAAGAACUGCGCGGACAUUAACCUAAAUGCCAUUCUACACACAAACAGAGCAGCAGCACACUUUCAUCUGGGUAACAUGCGUUCUGCGUUGAAUGACGCUGCAGCUGCAAGGAAGCUCAAACCAGAUCAUCUCAAAGCGUUAAUACGAGGUGCCCAGUGCUUCAUGGAGCUGCGGCACUACACCGAGGCCUUUCACUGGUCUGAAGACGGGCUCAGGCUGCAGCCUAAAGACAAGAAGCUGCAGGAACUGAGAGCUGCUGCAGAUAAACAGAAAAGAGCGUUGGAGAGAGACGCGAGGAAGGCGAAGGUGAAAGAGAAGAGAGAACGCGGAGAGAAAGAGACCCUGCUGGCUGCCAUCAAGGAGCGAGGCAUCAAGCUGCUGAAGCCGAAGCAGCCGUCGAAGCGCAGAUCUGACAGCGAGGACGAGGAUGUGGGUUCUGCAGAGAUGGCAGGGCUGGACCUGGAUGGGCUGGGCUCUCAGGAGGCCACAGGGGUGCGAGUGUCUCUGGAUGAGCAGGGAAGUCUGCAGUGGCCGGUCCUCUUCCUGUACCCUGAACACCAGCAGACAGACUUCAUCUCAGCCUUCAGGGAGUCCUCAAGCUUUGUAGAUCAUCUGGCUGUCAUGUUUGGUGAAGAACUGCCACCCUGGGAUGUGGAUCGAAAGUAUCUUCCUCAAAAUCUAGAGCUGUUCUUUGAAGAUUAUGAGAAAGAGUCACUGCACCAGGUGGACCCAGAACAAUCUCUCCUUAAAGUCCUACAGCAUAAAAGGUACUUUGUGAAAGCCGGAAGUCCAAGCUUCAUUGUGUUGGUAAAGGACUCCUCGUUCUUUAAGCAGUUUUUAUCUGGGAAAAAAUUGCAUCGAUUGUGAAGAGGACUUCCUUGGGUGUUUUUUAGGUCUGUCUAUCUCAGAGGCUGGGUGUUAUUCUAAGAAAUCAUAUUCGUGUCAUCCAUCAUGGCUGAUAUUGGGCCCCUUCUUUGCUUUUGCAAAUAUUGGGGUUAAUCAGUGUACUAAAGACUGCAAAAACAUAAACAGUUACUAAAUGAA